UGGGUGAAGGGGAGUGAGGGGUAUGAUUAAAACCUUAAGAAAUAUCAAAUAAUAUUUUAGUCACAGUUUCACAAAUCUUUAGGUUUAAACAAAAUUCAAAUCAAGACAAGUCAAAAAAGAUCUAAAAAAAUAAUAAUUUACUGUCUGGAAUGGCAAAUGAUGGCGUUAUAAUUACUGAGUUAGCAGCCUUACCAGGUGUACCAGUUGCCUAUCGUUUGUUUGAAGCAAAGAAAGCUGACCCAAAAAAACUUGACUUAAGUAGAUAUCAAAAAUUAACAAUUUAAAUCACCUAAAAAAGUUAAGAGUAUUAAAUCUGGCCAACAAUCGAAUAACAGUGGUUGAGAAUCUUAGUGGUUUAGAAGCAUUGACAGAGUUAAAUUUAAAUGAAAAUUGCAUAAACACUGUAAUUGACCUAGAUUUAUUACCAUUACUACAAAAAUUUUAUGUAAACUUCAAUGGUAUUAAAAGAUUUAACAGUUUUUCCUGUCUUCAAAAAUGCAUUUCAUUAACUGAGUUGUCCAUUAAUGAAAAUAUUUUUUCAGUGGGAUAUCAAAAUGUUGCAUCCUUAAAAAAACUUGAUCUCAUGUCAAUUACAGAAAAAAGAAGAAAAGCCAUAAAAAAUGCUGAAAAUGAAUGGAUUAAAAUGGUCACGAAAAAAAAUAAAUCUGAUAGAAGCUUAGACAUGAAGCAAUCAAGUAUUUCUCACUUAGCUGAGUUACAUGAGAAUAUUUUGUGUCUAUAUGGAAAUGGAUCACUUAAAUCAUUAGAAAAAGACUGGGGAACUGAUACAUUAUUAGUUAUCUCCAUAUCAUUUAGGUUCAUUUUAUUUGAGGAAAUUCGCCCAUUUUUAUCAAAUCUUAGCACCAGGUUUCCCUCAUUAAAUAGUUUGGUGUUUGACUGCACAAAUAUAUGCAACUUUAAUGACAUCAAUGCACUUUCAAAACUUCAUAAACUUGAUCAUUUGACAAUAUCUGAAAAAGGAAAUUCUGUUACAAAUUUGACAUUGUGGAGAGACUUUGUAGUAUUUUGUUUGUCAAAUUUAAAUUUAAAAACUCUAAACAGCCAACAAAUUUCAGAGGUUGAAUUGAAGCGUGCUUUUAAAAUAUUUGGCAGCUUAAGAAAUCGUCAUGAGUUGAACAGUUUUAACCAUUCCAGAAGAAAAAACUCUAACAGUUUUGUGAAACAUUUGGAACAUACGAAGCAGGAAGUUUCUUUUAAAUCUUUAUCAUCAAAUUCAGAAAAUGAUAAUGGCUCUGCAACGGUGCAUCGAAAACAACUGUUGGAAAAAGUUCUUCCUAAAAUUAUUUUUAGCAUUAUCAAAGAAAUGACAUUGGAGAUGUCUGACUUGGAAAUAUAUUGCAAACAAUCAUUAGAGAAAAUUAAUAUGACAUGAGUUUUAUCUGUAGAAAUUUAAAAUAUUUAUGUUAUUAUAUUUAUUUAAAAGUAAUUGACACUUUAGUGUAUCAUAAAUGUGACAAGAUUUUUAAUCUAUAUUUAUAUUAAAAUUUUAAAAGUACUGUGUACUAAAUAAGUAGUUAUAUUAUAUAAUUGUAUUAGCUAACUGUAUGUUUUAAUAUCAAUAUAUAAAGUUAGACUUUAGCUUUGA